CCGAGUGGACAUUUUGGUCUUUGUCCGCGGGUCAGGACGGUCUCUUGGUCCACGUGGCGCGCAGGACUCUCUCUAAAGUAGAUUUCUUCAAGAGGAAUUGCCCAAUGCAGGUGAUAAAGAGACCAAACUGUAUGAUCCUCCACUGAAGCAAGAAGAUCCACUGGAUGGUGGGGAAAAAGUAGAAAAGAAGUCUUGUCAGAAAAAGCCUGAGAAGAUGAUGAACAGAUAGAGAAGCAACAAGACUUGGGAGGCAAGUUGUGUUCAUCAAACUACAGACUGAGGAAAAAAGGAUGUGGAUAUAAGAAAAUUGGAAAAAUCCUGUUUGCUCAAACUCAUUUCUUUAAGGAAACAUUUUUGAAGUUUUAGGUUGAAACUGUUUAGACUUAACCAUGAGGGAAGGUAUGUAGUUGAGUCUCCAGUUUUACUAGCUGGAUGUUCUCUACCACUGCUUAUUUCUUAUGGUAAUAUCCCCCUAUAAGUGUAAAGCAGUGUGAAAUGCCUUCAGUAUAAAAAGUGUGAUAUAGCAUCUGAUAGCAGAGCAUUCAUACUGGAGGAAAACCUCAUGAGUUUACUGAAUGUGGGAAAACUUUUACCCACAUAUCACAUUUCAUUGAACAUAGAAGUCAUGCUGAAGGGAAACCUUGUGCUUCUAAAGAGUAUUGAAAAGCCUUUAGCUAGAUGAUAAAAUUUUCUCACAAAUCUUAUCCAUUCCUCUGCAUUUGAGAGGUCAUACAGAGAAGCCUUCUAAAUGUAAGAAAUGUGGAAAUAUCUUCAGUCAAAAGUAAAUCCUCGUGUAUCAAGAAAUUCAUACUGGAGAGAAACCUUGUGAAUGUGGGAAAGCUUCCAUUCAGAUGUCACACCUCAGUCAGCAGAGAAUUUAUAGUGGGGAAAGCCCCUUUGCCUGUAAGGUAUGUGGGAAAGUCUUCAGCCACAAAUCCAAUCUUACUGAGCAUGAGCUUUUUCAUAAUAGAGAGAAACCUUUUGAAUGUAAUGAAUGUGGGAAGGCCUUUAGCCAAAAGCAGUAUGUCAUUAAACAUCAGAAUACUCAUACUGGAGAGAAGCUUUUUGAGUGUAAUGAUUGUGGAAAAUCCUUCAGCCAGAAAGAAAACCUCCUUACCCAUCAGAAAAUCCACACUGGAGAGAAACCUUUUGAGUGCAAAGAUUGUGGGAAAGCUUUCAUUCAGAAGUCCAACCUUAUCAGACACCAGAGAACUCACACAGGAGAGAAGCCCUUUAUAUGUAAGGAGUGUGGGAAAACCUUUAGUGGGAAAUCAAAUCUUACUGAGCAUGAGAAAAUUCAUAUUGGAGAGAAACCCUUUAAAUGUAAUGAGUGUGGAACAGCUUUUGGCCAGAAGAAGUACCUCAUAAAGCAUCAAAACAUUCACACUGGAGAGAAACCCUAUGAAUGUAAUGAAUGUGGAAAAGCCUUCUCUCAACGAACAUCACUUAUUGUGCAUGUGAGAAUUCAUUCAGGUGAUAAACCUUAUGAAUGCAAUGUAUGUGGAAAAGCCUUCUCUCAGAGUUCAUCUCUCACUGUACAUGUAAGAAGCCAUACAGGUGAGAAACCUUACGGAUGUAAUGAAUGUGGAAAAGCUUUCUCUCAAUUCUCAACCCUAGCUCUGCAUUUGAGAAUACAUACAGGUAAGAAACCUUACCAAUGCAGUGAAUGUGGGAAAGCUUUCAGCCAGAAAUCACACCAUAUUAGACAUCAGAAAAUUCAUACUCAUUAAAAACCCUAUGAGUACCUUCAAGAUAGGAACACAUCAAAAAUUUAUAUAUCAUAAAGUCAUUCUGAGGCAGUGUAUCACAAAUGAAGGGAAAAACUUUGAGGACACUGAAAAUUCAUACUGAAGAGGAAGACGUUUGUAUGAUAAGCAGACUGCCAAUAAAAAAAAUACUCCACAGUCAAUGGUAAAGGUAAUGCUGAAACAAAAGACAUUUCCAUUAAAAUUGGAACAGAAAACAGGCCUGUUACUCCAUCAAUAUAGAUGUGAAGUUCUUCACUUGUGUAAUAAGUUGUAUUAGAAAGGAAGAGACAAAAACAGAUGGUAUGAUCAUCUAUAAGUAAUAAAACUCUGGUAUUGCUUCAGCAGAGGGAAAGAGAUUCCAGAAAGAGAACUAUGCAUUUAGUAGAACUUGCAAUAUUAAAGAAAUUCAUCAGAUGAGUAAAUACGGGACUAUUUAAAAAAAUUAUUUGGAGGUAAUUUGUUCUCUGAAGGGGAAAGAAAAUAGACCAUGAACACACAAGCAAAAUUCAUGGGAAUUGAAGACUGAAAGAUACAAAAGCCAUGCACUAAAGUGGCUGUGACCUUUGGAGUAGGGAAACUUUCCUUCUUAACAAAUUUAAAAAUAUUUAGCAGUUUUACUUGUGAGUGUAUAUGCUCAGGAGAUACCAGGAAAUUUACUGUGGCUUGAUUUGUAGCCAAAUAUUGGAAACAACUUAAAUGUUCAUCAGGAACAAAAAGAAGUUCUUAUGAUGUGACACUAUACAUCUGCAAAAUGCAACUAUGAGAUCCACAUGUUAUUAACAGAAGGAUCUAAAAAAAAUUGCAUUGAGGGGGAAAAAGAAGUUGCAGGAUGAUACAUACAGUGACUUUGUAAAUUUGAAUUAAAAUUUCAUGAAAUUUAGUACUUUAUAUUGGUAAUGAAUACAUACGUGUAUGUUAACAUUUUUGAAAUGGAGAAAUACAGGCCAAACCUUUGAUAGUGGUAGCCUGUGAAGAGCAAGAGGGGAAGGGAAUAAGUAUGGGAGGUAGGGUGGGGAGGGGGCUUCAGCUUUUUAUAUAAAACAUCCAUUUCUCUUGAAGACUGCAAGUAAAUAUAUGAAGAUACUGGCUAAUUCUGGAUUGUGGUAUAUGGAUAUCUUGUCUUAUUUUUUGUACUUUUCUGUAUUUUUAAAAUUUCUCAAAGUUAAUAAGAAUGGGAGUGAGGAUGGAACUCUGUACCUGUAGAAGUUAUGUUAUAAUGGACUAAUUCCCAAUCAAAUACUAAACUUUUUAUAGAAAAUAUUUCUAAAAUUUUAUCAACAAUGAGUGGAUGGACUUGCUCUCUAUGUAAUAUGAAAUUAUCUAUUUUAUUAAAAUUAAAAUGACAGCAUACUACAAA